AGUUGCUGUGCCACAUAAAACUACAAUAGCCAGCGGACUCGCUGUUUUUUUUCGACGCACAUGCCAGCGCUGUUGAAUGACGUCAUGAUCUGGUGACCAUUCGACGAAUGACAGUUGGAAGUGUUUUGGCAAGGGACAGCUGUAUAACUUCACUGGAAGAGACCAUGGUUUACCUGAAGCGGGAACCAGGCCCAUGAGGCGAAAGCUCCGUGGCUAAAUAUGGCCUCCGAACUCCAUGAGACCAUUUUUAUGGCCAAGCAGGAGCGACACAAGAACCUGUUCCUGAACUACAGGAACCUGAACAUUUUCCCAGUGGAGCUCCUGAAGGAUGAAGGCCUGCAGUUCCUUGAGAGGCUGUACAUGAAGAGGAACUCGCUCACCAGCCUGCCUGAAAACUUGGCCCAGAAACUUCCAAACCUCAUAGAGCUGUAUCUCCAUUCAAACAACAUUGUCAUUAUUCCUGAAGCCAUCGGCAACUUGGCCAAGUUACAGUCCCUGGACCUGAGCGACAAUGCCCUGCAGGUGGUCUGUCCUGAGAUCGGCCGGCUGAGGUCACUACGACACCUGAGACUGUCUAACAACCGCCUGAAGUUCCUCCCACCAGAGAUUGGAGACCUGAGGGAGCUGGAGACCCUGGAUGUCUCCAUGAACAUGCUGAGCACGCUUCCAGAGCGCCUGCACCAGUGUCUGUCCCUGCAGUGCCUGACCGCUGACCGAAACGGCCUCCGCUGCCUGCCCCGCCAGCUCUGCCAGCUGCACAGCCUCAACGAGCUCUCCAUGGCCGCCAACUGCCUGGCCUCGCUGCCCCUGGAUCUAGGACGCUCCCGGGAGCUGCAGUUUGUCUUCGUCGACAACAACGUCCACCUGAAGGGCCUUCCAUCUUACCUGUAUAACAAGGUCAUCGGCUGCAGCGGGUGUGGGUCUUCCGUGCAGGUGCUCGAUGCGAAGCUGCUGUCCGUCAGCCUGGGUGACGUGUCCAUCCCGCUGCCAGCAGAGGUGAAGGCCAUCGGCUCGGAGGCAGAGCUGGUCUUGCCUCUGGAGGAGCUGGCCAUGAGAUCUUUGUACUCCAGUUUCAGCCCGUUGCUGAGGAAGCCGGACUUCCUGCCUCCCAUGGCCCUGCCACGGAGUCUGCUGGAGCUUCUCUACUGCCCCCUGGGGCAUUGCCACCGCUGCAGUCAGGCCAUGUUUACCAUAGUCUACCCCAAGCUGUUCCCCCUCAGGGAGACGGCACUGGCGGGGGUGCAUGGCAGGACGACAGUGAGCUUCGUGGCUUACUGCUGCUCCGGUCAGUGUAUGCGGACCUUCGACCUUCAGAGCUGAUCCCUAGGCCUGAUGCUACCCCCACCCCUCCAUGAAAAAACACAGAAGAGGACUGGAGCCGGCAUGCCGACAACUUCCCAACUGAGGCCAAGCCAGAAUCCCAGUGGCCUCCCAGGCCAGGACUCCAACUGGACGGGCACGUCUAAACACAGAACAGAGCCACUUGGCUGGGAUUUCACACCGUCAUUAAGUGACCUGUUUUAAUAUUGUUUUUUUUUUUCUUUUUACACAAAGCUACUACAUUGGCUGCUGACUGAUGAGGAAUGAGAAGAGUUUGUAAAUACUGUCAGCAGCCUGAAAAGAGGCCUAUUUUUCACCUUCGAGUAGCACACACUCCAUUUACACUAAAAUAUGACUUUCAAUUAUUUUUGUCAGCAUCCCACUCAGAUGAACAUUUGUCAUAUUUUUGUACGAGGCAAGAAACUAAUAUAGGGGACCCCUCAUCUGCAAUACAGAACACAGAAAACUAGGGAGACUCGAGGAGAGGUGUGGAUUUUUACCGAAGACGUGUUAUGUCUCUGAAGCGGGCAGAGGGGCCUCCAGCUGCCGUUAAAUCACACCGUUCAGGAGGCUGUUCUCAGACCUGGAAACCAGGGCGCUUGUUUACAGCUCUGAUUCUGUUUCCUUAUCUGAUCUUUGCAGAUCUGUUGAUGGUGAAUGUGUAUUUUUAACAGCGUGACCCGCUGGAGGUGAAGCUGUUUUGCUUUGCAGCUGUGCAUGUGGUGUGUUUGAGAAAAUGAAGAUGUGCGGAUUUUUUGUUACGAACGGCGUGCUUUUCCGCACGGGGGCCUGACUUCCAACAUGCCUUUCUUUCUCCGUGGCGUUCAUGUCGCGUUUACACAGACAGCUGAUCCAUCUCGGCCCUGCCGCUUUCAUAACGACCUUUCCCGUGGCUGUAGCAGACCGGGAUUCAUUCCAGGUGCGAUUCGUGUACAGUAUGUGUACAGUAUGUGUACCAGUUCUCCUUAGUAAUUAACAACACUGUAAAUGUGAAGAAUAAAGUCGGAAACACUUUGUAGGCCAUACGUCUGCGAUUUCAGCCUGGAUAUGUGAGAUGAAACUGACAUUUGGAGUGAAAUCUGCUCGUUAGCAUCCAGACGCGAUGGAGUCCUCGGCCUGGGUGUUUAUGAAAUGGGACUGACAGGCGUACCCCUUGGCUCAGUCGCCCAUUGCACGCGUUCCUCUCCAAAGGCAGCCGGGUCGCUGGACCCUCAUCUCAAUGCUUUCUGACUAUAAAGUGAACUUCCCCUCUGUGUGAGAGGUAGAUGAGGUGGAGUCAGUGCUCAGAGUGAAGACGACAAACCUCACGAUGCCCCAGAGCAAUGAAGCUGCCCGUAAUCUGUACUGCCUGGGAUUAGCGGACGGUGCUGGGGCUUUCUGACGUUAGCGAUGUUGUGAAACGUUACCACUGCCCUCCUGACGUGUGUUUCAGAAAUAAAUGACUUGCUAUGCUGAAA